AUGGCCCGUAUAGAUCCCGAAAUCCUAGAGCCCGCCGACCUGGGGCGAGUGCUCUCAUUUUACCAACGUCUUAAUCAUAUUGGUUUGCGCAUAUCCCCAAGCCCUGAGCUUAACAUUGUAUUUGCGAUGACGCAAGCUAUCUCAGUAGGAGUUCCAGGUCCUAGUUAUUUCUCCGGGCUCACCAGCAGUGAAAUUGAAACCAAAAUACAAGCUACUGUUACUGAAGCUUCCAAGUGGGCCUCUGUAGUGGAGCAAUAUUUCUUUAACAACCCAGAUGGCACCUUUCAUCGUGACCUUAUCUUAGCAGUACUGAAUAACAACAAGGUUUCAGCAGCUGCUCGCGAAGAUCCUCAGAGUCAUCUCUGGGGGAUUACCAAGUUUGUCGACAUUUUCAAGUCAAGAUCUGGAGGAUGGAGCCCCUGUGAUUCAGUUGAAAUCCCAGCGCUAGUUGAAGCAACUUCUGCAGCCUUCGUAAAAGGUCGAAGAAUUAUUGACGGUUCAACAAAAGUGGUGCCAAAGCAGGAACCCAAGCAAGAACCCAAGCAGGAAUCAAGCAGGAAACCUCGAAGAAAGCUGGCCACUCUGAUACCAAGCAAGGAAAAGGGAAGCAGUGGUCCAAGGGACGUAUUUGAUAAUGACGGCGGAAGCAGUGAUUAUUCGCCAGUUGCUUUUCUUCCACCUGCCAACCAAAUCGCCUCUGUGGGUGAAACAAAUCUUCCAAAUGUUCUUGAUUCUGGAAAUGCUACUGGUCAUCUUAUCUCAGACAACAGUUACUUUGUGUCGUAUGAAAAUACAGCAGCCCCAAAACCAUCAGCUCCUAUGGUGGUUCCGACAUCGUGUUAG